AUGAAUGAUAAUGAUAGAAGUAGUAGUAAUAAUGUAUUAAAUGAAUUAGAUUAUAAAUUAAACAUCAAUAGUAAUAGUAAUAAUAAUGAUUUUGGUUUAGUUAGUAAUCAGAAUGAUGGUAGUGUUGAUGAAGAUGAUGAUUUAGUACCUGAUCAUACACUUGCAGGUGACUAUACAACUUAA